UAUAAUUCUAUGGCCUGGACCAUAGAAAUACUUCUCUUUCGAUGAGAAUAAUCUAUACAGAUUGUGAUUUUGACUUUUUUGCAUUUAGAGAACUAUCAAAUAUCAAUUUGGCGAUAGUACAGAUUGUGAAUCUAUACGGUCCAUCAAAUUUAAUACGAAGUACAAUAAUCUAUACGGUCCAAAACCCAAACUCGUUAGAAACCCCAUUGUUCAGCUGCGUUGCGUUUCAGUUUCAAGUAUGGUUCGACGAUUAGGGUUUUUUCUUCUUCUUUGAACUAUGACGAUAGGGUUUUGUUUGGAUGGUUUAUUCUGCUGCUUCAGUUUUUCAUCCAUUAUUGCCUUGCUUCUUCGGCAGAGCCAGUUGACGUCGUUAACGAGAAAGUAGUAGUAGAAGAAGAAGGACAAUACAAUGAAGCUUGAUGUGGAUGUCUUGAGAUAUCUCUCCAAAGAUGAUUUUAGGGUUCUCACUGCUGUUGAAUUGGGGAUGAGGAAUCAUGAGAUUGUACCCACUGAACUCAUUGACCGAAUUGCUCGUCUCAAGCAUGGUGGCAGCUACAAGGUUUUGAAAAAUCUGCUAAAGCAUAAGUUGUUGCACCAUGAUUCUUCUAAAUAUGACGGGUUCCGCCUUACCUACCUUGGUUAUGAUUUUCUUGCAAUUAAAACUAUGGUGAACAAAGGAGUUUUUGUGGCUGUUGGUCGCCAGAUUGGAGUUGGAAAGGAAUCAGAUAUAUUUGAGGUUGCCUGUGAAGAUGGAACAGUUCUUGCUAUGAAGUUGCAUAGGCUUGGUAGAGUUUCUUUUAGGGCUGUCAAAUCUAAGCGUGACUACCUCAGACAUCGUAGUACUUCAAAUUGGCUGUAUUUGUCUCGGCUUGCUGCACUUAAAGAAUUUGCUUUUAUGAAGGCUUUGGAAACACAUGGCUUUCCUGUUCCAAAUGCUGUAGAACAUAAUAGACAUUGUGUAGUCAUGUCACUCGUUCAAGGUUACCCUCUUGUUCAGGUGAAGCAAUUAGAAAAUCCAGAGAUGGUUUUUGAGACAAUUAUUGGUUUAGUUGUUCGACUGGCGGAGCAUGGUCUCAUUCAUUGUGAUUUUAAUGAAUUUAACAUCAUGAUCGACAAUGAUGAAAAGAUUACCAUGAUCGAUUUUCCACAAAUGGUAUCUGUGUCACACCGUAAUGCACAAAUGUACUUUGACCGUGAUGUUGAAUGUGUCUUUAAGUUUUUCAGAAAGAGGUUCAAUCUUACUUUUCAAGAAAACAUAGAUGAUGUUGAUGGUUCUUACAAAGGGAGAGAAGAAGAUGGAAGACCCUGUUUGUCUGCAAUAGAUAGAAGCGAUGGUUUUCUAGAUAGGGAACUUGCUGCCAGUGGCUUUACUAGAAAGAAUGAAAAGGAUAUUCAGAGGUUCAUUGAAGGCAGGGCAGAUAGUGAUACAAAUUCAGAUAGUGAAGGGGCUGACUCAGUGGAAGAUGUGAACGAAGCAAACAUUAAAGAUGGUGAUUUUUCACAUUUGUUGGAGCCGGUUGACGGACUUGAAAGUCUGGGAAUAGAGGAGAGCUAUGAAGCGGGUGAAAGAAGUACCUCUGACAAGGAGGAUGGAAGUGACAAGGAAGAACAUAAUCAAAAUGCAAUGGAAAAUGAAGCUGAGCUCGCAAAGAGCUUGAAUAAGCAGAGACAACGUGCCAUAGCAACCUCUCAUAGAGGACGGAAGACCUUUGCAUCCAGGAAUUCCUACAAAGACAAGGGUGGUAGGUCAUCUCACAAUUCUAAAAUACAGAAACAGUUGAGCAGCUGGUGAGAUUUGGGUGACAAAACCCAUGUGAUUGACCACAUGGUUAUGGAGUAUGUUAUAAAGAACUAGAAAAGAAUAUAGUUUUAUCCGUGCCAUCUAUCACAAGCAUUAAAGUUUGGUUGGCAUCAUAGACUUAUUUAUAUCAAAAUAUAUGUUCAAACAUAUAUAUAACGUAAGGAGAUAGGAAAGCAAAUAGGUUGUGUCUGUUGUACACGAGUAUUUUUUUUGCCUACGGAGUAUAAUUAUAUCCCUUUUGCG